AGCUCGGACGCCGGUGUGCGUCAACACUGGGGGCGUGGCCUGACUGCGCGGCCGGACGCCAGCGCCAUGGAGGAGUACGCUCGGGAGCCUUGCCCAUGGCGAAUUGUGGAUGAUUGCGGAGGAGCCUUCACUAUGGGUGUCAUCGGUGGUGGAGUCUUCCAGGCCAUCAAGGGUUUCCGCAAUGCCCCUGUUGGAAUUCGGCACCGGUUGAGAGGCAGUGCCAACUCUGUGAGGAUCCGAGCCCCCCAGAUUGGAGGUAGCUUUGCAGUGUGGGGGGGCCUGUUCUCCACCAUAGACUGUGGCCUGGUGCGGCUUCGGGGCAAGGAGGAUCCUUGGAACUCUAUCACUAGUGGAGCAUUGACCGGGGCUGUGCUGGCUGCCCGCAGUGGUCCAUUGGCUAUGAUGGGCUCAGCGAUGAUGGGGGGCAUCCUGUUGGCCCUCAUUGAGGGUGUUGGCAUCCUCCUCACUCGCUACACCGCCCAGCAGUUCCGAAAUGCACCCCCAUUCCUGGAGGACCCCAGCCAGCUGCCCCCUAAGGAUGGCACUCCAGCCCCAGGCUAUCCCAGCUAUCAGCAGUACCACUGAGGAAGCCACUGCCACCGUGGGAGCUGCUUCUCAGUUCCCUCCCCGAUGAUCUACCUCGAAGGGAGGGCUGGCUCCCAGUUAGCCCUGGGACCCUCCAGAGAGGGCUUCUACUCUGCUCCCUAGUCCCAGGGUGGGGGUGGGGCACGCCAGCUGCCCUGACAGAUGGGUCCCCUUUUUCUCUCUCAGGGCACCCCAGCCUCACACUCACAUGUACCACGUUCUCACCCCAGCUCCUUUGUGUGGCACCCUGAUAAGUAUUUAAAGCCCGUUUUGAAA